CAGCGACGAAAGAGUUCCAUCACCGCCCUCUGUCAUCGCGUGUAGCCGCGUUUCACACUCACAUUCAACUCGCAUUUUUCCGGCUUCCUCGUCGCCAAAACUGCCUCGUCAUCAUUCUCUUCUCUUCUUAUAUUAGCAUUUGCCCUUCUUCUAUCUCCAUUCCCUUCCAAUACACUUCUGCUUGAACUCCAUUACCCUCUAAAUACAGCCUUCCACCAAGCAUCCCAGCAUCCUCGAAUUUGUCCGCCUGAGUUUUAAACAGCCCGAUAGACACUCCUCCGGAUCCCAAAGUUCUUGUUCUUCCUUCUAUUCCAGUAGAUCCUCCUAGAUGGAUCAGACACAACAAGGUAGAGGCCAUCAUGGUCGAGCAGAACCAGAGUAUGAUAUCAGGAAUGGGGGUCAUUACGGAGCCAGCGCUGCGCUCUCCGCUCAAGGAUAUGCCCCAGUACCCGAACUAUACACAGGAUCAUGGGCAAACGUCAGCCAAGGUCUCCAGGGAAAUUCGCGCGAUAUCCUCACUACAUACUGGCAGCAUACGAUUAACCACCUCGAGUCCGACAACCAUGACUACAAAAUCCACCAGUUGCCCCUGGCCCGGAUAAAGAAAGUAAUGAAAGCAGACCCGGAAGUGAAGAUGAUCUCAGCCGAAGCCCCGAUCCUGUUUGCCAAGGGAUGCGACAUCUUCAUAACGGAAUUGACCAUGCGUGCCUGGAUACAUGCAGAGGACAACAAACGACGAACCCUCCAGCGAUCAGACAUUGCCGCCGCCCUCUCUAAAUCAGACAUGUUCGAUUUCCUCAUCGACAUCGUUCCGCGCGAGGAGGCUACACCGCACGCCAAACGAUCCGCGCAGACUGCUCCCACAGCACCCACAGUCCCUCCCCCACCCAACGCACCCAGCCAACUCCCUCCACAAUCUCAGCCAGGUGUCCAGCACCCGCAACACCAUAUGGGCCCGCCUGACUAUGGCUCCCUUGGUCAACAUCCCAUGGGCCAGGAGCAGGAUUAUCGCCAGCAGCAGAUGUAUGGGGGAGCAGUCCAAUCGGACCCAGGAUAUGGCCAGCCGCAACCGCAAAUGUUUGAGAACAUGUAUGCGCCAUACCCGCAUAUGCCUCCGCAGCAGUGAGAGUCCCAUAAGUUUUCCGAGAGUUCCUCUCUUAUUUUCUUCUUUCCUUUUUGAAAUUAUUGAUUAUAAAUACAAAAAGGGUUUGGCGGAAUUAAUUUCACAAAUCCAAUAAAAAUAUAUAAUUUAACAAUAAAUCCCCCCACGCCCGCGUUAAAAAACGCAACGAUUAACUAAUUCAUACCCAAUACUUGACACAUGGCGAUAGGUCUCAGGAGUUUCUCUCUUUUCUUUUCUCUUUUUUUUUUCUUUUAUUACUUUUCGCUGACGAAUGGGUAGCGAAAGAAGCGACGGGUAUGAGUAUGAAAAGCAGAGGAGCGCAGAGGGUACAUAUUUAUAUCUAUAUACAAUGACUUUUUGCUUUUCUUUUCUUUCAAUUUGUGGUUUUUGAUCCUGUAUCACUUUUUUCAAUGUCAUACACGGAGCAUAUAAUGUUCUUUCGGGUUUUGUGAUAUUGCUCGUUCGUGGGCAGGCUGCUUAGAGAUAUAGAGAGGGAGAGCACACACGUGUGUGGGUGGAUUUGUGCUUCUCGAACAAUAGAAGACCAGCAUUGAGGAUUUUUUU